AGGACUAAAAAGACAAAUAGUAAAAUGAAACAGGCCGACAAGCUCUCCUAUUAACCAUGGUCCUUGCAAUUAUAUCUGUCAGCACAGGUACAUUCAUCCCAAACAUAAACUCAGAUACGGUUUUCCUAACUUCCUCGAACACCCACAAAAAUGGCAGUGAGCAACAACAUCACAGGGGCCCUGAAUUUUGUAGCAAUGGUAUUAUCGGUGCCAAUUAUAGGAACAGGCAUCUGGCUGGCCACUAGGGAGGAUGCAGAGUGUGUGAGAGUUCUUCGUUGGCCACUCAUAGUGGUAGGAACAAUUCUACUGUUAAUUUCUUUUGCAGGCUUUGUGGGUGCCUUCUGGAGAGUCCAAUAUCUGCUAGUGAUAUAUCUGAUAUUCAUGCUUCUCUUCAUUGUUCUGCUGUUGGCAUUCGUGAUAUUUGCCUUUAUAGUUACCAACAAGGGAGGUGGGCACAGUGUUCCUGGUAGGAAUUAUAAGGAAUACCAGAUCAGUGAUUUUUCGGGCUGGCUGAGAAAUUAUGUUGAGAAAAGUAGCCACUGGAAUCGGAUUGAAAGGUGUUUAAGUUCUUCUGAUGUGUGCCGAAAGCUGAAUCAGAGGUACCUGAGUGCCCAAGAUUUCUUCAAUGCUCACCUCACUCCCGCUGAGUCAGGAUGCUGCAAACCUCCAACAUUCUGUGGUUACACUUUUGUGAAUCCAACAUUUUGGGUAAGUCCAACCAACCAAAAUGCAGAUCUUGACUGUAUGGUGUGGAGCAAUGACCAACUGCAGCUGUGCUAUAACUGCAACUCUUGCAAAGCUGGGAUUCUGGGAAAUAUCAAAAGAGAAUGGAAAAAGAUAAACAUCAUUCUAAUUGUGGCACUUGUGGCUCUCAUAUGGGUAUAUCUGGUUGGUUGUAGUGCUUUCCGAAACGCCCAGACAGAGGACCUAUUUAGGAGAUACAAGGAACGUUUUACCUCAUGAAGCAUGCAGACAAGGAAGUUGUGACUAUGUUAGGAUAGCUCUCUUAGGUAGACUCUUAUCUGUCAAAAUCUUGAUAAAGUGUUGGGACAAACAAAAUUAGCUUUUCAUACUCUUGUUGUAUGUCUAAAUGUUUGUGGAGUGCAAGCCCACACAAGGUCUCAAGAAACAAUAACACUGAUGGAGAAAGGGUCUGGAUUGUAACAAAUUUUCUUUCCCAGUCAUGCAAGUAAUGUUAUCCAAGAAUGUUAUAGAUAGCAUCAUGACAACAUUGGAUUUCAGCAUCUACUAGAUUUAGAAUCACCAAUAUAUCACAGCAUGUUGAAUUCAGGCCUCAAA